AUGAUCACCGGCUGCGAACAACCGGAUCUCAUCUCUAAGUCUAUUUCUAUAUCUAUUUCUAUAUCUAGUUCUUUCUUGUUCCAAUCGUUGUUCAUUUUCCUCUUCGUCUUCAUUUUCUCUUCUAGUCCUUUGUCUAAUCAUUUGUUGUUCCAAUCGUUGUUCAGUUUCUUCUUCAUCUUCAUUUUCUCUUCUAAUACUAUGUCUAAUUCUGUCUUGUUCCAAUCGUUCUAUUUUUUUAUUUUGCGAUUCAUUUUCUCGAUAUUUUCUUUUGCGUUCUCUAUCUUUAUCAAGUCUUCGAUUUCUUUUUUCCAAAUUUUCUCUUUGCAUAUCAUCAGCAUUAUUUUGAGCAGUGUUUUGACUGGUUGAAGGAAUAUCAUCAAAAUCAUCCAAUACAAUUCUUAUAUUGC